CCCACCCUCCGAGUCCUCCGUUCCUCGCGAGUGUCCGCCAACCCCGCACCCCGUGGCCUCUGUCCCCGCUCCGUGUCUGCCUUUCCCCCUCCGUGCCGACAUGCCGGGCUCGCCCUGCGGGCUCCUGCUCGACUACAAGACGGCCAAGUUCUCGCUGACGCGGAACCGGCGGGUGGGGCUCCUGCACCGGCUGCUGCAGCUGAGCGCGCUGGGCUACCUGCUGGGGUGGGUGCUGCUGCUGCGGAAGGGGUACCAGGAGCGCGACGCGGCCCCGCGUGUCGCCGUGGUCACCAAGGUGAAGGGAGCGGCUCCCGCCGGGGCCGCGGGCCGGCGGCUCUGGGACGCGGCGGAUCUCACCUGGCCCCCGCAGGGAGAAAAUGUGCUUUUUCUGGUGACCAAUUUCAUUGCCACAGCCCAGCAGGCCCAGGGCACCUGUCCCGAGAGCCCCUCUGUCCUUGACGCGAUGUGCACAGAAGAUGCAGAUUGUCCCAUGGGAAACCCUGUGGUUCAUGGCAAUGGGAUAAAAACUGGGAAAUGUGUGAUGUUCAAUGCCACCUGUUCCACCUGUGAGAUCUAUGGCUGGUGUCCUGUGGAGAACAGUACCCUACCCAGGAAACCUCUUCUGGCUGAGGCGGAGAAUUUCACUCUCUUUAUAAAAAACACUGUCCACUUCACCAAAUUUAACUUCUCCAAGUGCAACACUUUACAAACCAGUGACCCCAGCUAUUUCAAGAGCUGCACGUAUGAUCCAGUCUUCAACCCCUCCUGUCCUGUGUUCCGUGUACGUAACAUGGUGGAGGCAGCUGGAGAGCACUUCGGAGACCUCGCACUGCUGGGGGGAAGCAUUGGAGUUCUCAUCAAGUGGGACUGUGACCUGGACCACCCUGCUGCCCAGUGCCAGCCACAGUAUUUCUUCAGCCUGCAGGACACAAGGUACAAUUUCAGAACUGCCUCUUACUACUGGGGCUCCCAGCGGCAGCUCUACCGGAACCUGCUGAAGCUUUAUGGUCUCCGCUUCGACAUCUCCGUGCACGGCCAGGGUUCAACACAACAGAAGUGGGGAACCAUGAAGAAGACAGCCACAACAAUUCCCUGGUCUCCAAGGUCUUAGGGGUGGGAUGACAUCAGUCUGUUCUGGCUGAAGUGCUGCAGUGAAAGCAGUGUCCCACGGGGACAUCUGCAGAGCACUGUCCUGUACAGGGACUUUCACUGACCUCUACACAGCUCUGACCAGUGAGAGAUGGACAGCUUUCCUCUUCAAAUUCUGGGGCAAAAAGAGCCUUAUUGUGAAAUGCUGAGGACAGGCUGCAGGAGUGGGAACCACCAGUAGUUCCUGCAACAGCCAAGGAGGACCAGGAGAAGAGUCCAAACCACAGGGUGGGCACAGCAGAAGAAAGCAGAAGGAAAUAGUAGGUUUGAGACUGUCCUCAGUCAAAAAGCAUUAGCACCAACCAGAAGAACCACCACCAAAAAAGAAAGAGGAAAAAAUGCUCCAGUGGCCCCUCACAGAAGCACAAACAGGGACAUUUGUGAUGACAGCUGAGCAAAGCUGCAGGGGACACAUUGGCUGACCCCCGCCAGAUGGUGCUCCCCAGUACCUCCGGCUCUCAGCGCAGAAUGCCAUCCUGGUACCCAAAAGACAUCUCUGGGAGCCCCUCCUGGGUAGCAGAACAACACAGUGUUCAGUGGCAGACCCCCACUGCUGACCACUGGAUCCAGCUGCCCUGUGUGCCUGGGCAGACUUAGGCAGUCCCUGCCCCCCACAGCCACCGCAGCACACAGAGCACGGGGCACAGAGCAGGGCUUCCGCACCUUGCUCAAGGCGUUCCCUUUGAACAGGCCCCUCAGACAUCAAACUAAAGCAACUUGACCUUUCCUUUCUAAUUAGGGUGGGGAUAAAGAGCUAAUUGCUCUGGUAUGGAAAGGCUGCAGGAGGGGAACGUCCCCACAGCAGCUCUCCCCAGCACAGGUGGUGCCUUGGCACAAACACGCUCCUUUAUGCAAUUUUGGCCAAGGUGCCAGCACACUCUGAGCUGUGUCCAAGGUGCCAAGGGCCCCAGGUGCCAGCUAGAUCCCCAUCCCCUGCAGCAGGUGUUUACCUGACGUGUUCAGGCACCAGGAGGAGGAGGGUGAGAAUCAGGGACUCAUGGAGUGAUACACUGAGCCCUGUGCCUCUCCAAGCCCGAGGGACACAUCCAACUGCCAGGCUCCAUUCUGGAGCAAUGUGGCACCCUCAGGGAGGGAAGGCAUGAGAGCCAUUGGGGAGGGAACAGAGAGGCAGUGAGAUGAUCUCUGCAGAGCCACAGCUGACUCCUGUCCCGGGCUCCCUCUUGAUCCCUGCCUGGGUGCUGCUGCCGAGUAGUCUGAUGGCUGAGCUGGGCAGCCCUUUGCUUCCCUGAUUUCCCCCUCCCCAUCCUUAAUAUCAGAAAGCACUUGGAAAAACCCCUUUGGCUCCAGUCGUGAGGAGGUUCUAUGGCCACUGUUUUCAGAUUUGGAUGGGACAAAGGCAAUAGAAGAAUAAACAGC